AUGGUGCGCCAGGUCCAGCCGCUGCGCAUCAGCAAGUCGACGCCCAGCGUGUCGCCAAACAAGCCGGCGGCGACCUCGAGGCCGCUGUCUGAGAUUGGCAGCACCGAGCGGCGGCGUAACUCGCCUUCCUACAACCAGGCUACCAAGAAGAUGAUUGUCUCACGCGAGUCGUCCCCAUACACCGAGAACUCCUUCACCAAGGACACCUCCUCUCCGCGCGACUUCUGGAGACACCGAGACCCCAUGUCGCCCUCUCGAUUCGAGGACUCGGAGAACACGCCAGAGCGCUCGCCGUCUCCAGGCUUGCUCUCGCCUAAGCGACGAGCCAGCAUCGAAAAGCUCAGGAACGCAGGCAAGGUCAAGGCCAGCAACAUUCGCGCCUUGGAGAGCAAGGAUCAGUAUGAUCCCAAUACCCAGCCCAUCGUUGAGCGCCCAAGCGCAAAUCGUCCGUUGAGCCAGCAUCUCGCCAACAACAGCUUCACUCGCUAUGACAGCCUGAAGAAAGAGAACAACCCAGUGCGCAGCCCUGGUCGGCCAGGUCACAAGCGGACAGAGAGCGAGACUGCCAUCCCAUUCAUGAGCAGCCUCAGCAGUCCAGCCAAGGUGCCACUGCCAGUCAGCCCACAGAAAGAAGGAACGUCGUCACCUACCAAGUCAUCACUCGCUCGUAACAGCCAGUUUGGCAUGCCGCUGGAACAGGUGGCUAGCGCACAUUGGUCUGAUGGCGACGAUCGAGCUCCAACCCCGCGAGCAUUGCAUCGCCAUAACAAGAGCGUCACCUUUCACGAGGAUCCGCCUGUCAUCAAUGAAUACGAGAAUCCAACCCCAGAGCCGUCAGUGUCUGCUGCAUCUGACUCGCGUGAGAGCAGCUUCGACUCUGAUGACUUCGACCCCAAUUACAGCUUCGAGCGUGGAAGCUCUGCGGACAUCCAUCGUGACGACAGCUUCGACGAAGACCUGGAGAACGCUGACAAGACACCGGUUGUCCUGCCAGAAGAUUGGUCUCGCAUGUCGCCAGAGGAAGCUCGCACCGAUUUGAUUGAUGAAGGCGAUGAUGUUUUCGAAGGCUCAUCCCCGCCACCGCAGCGACCAAUUCUGGGUCGUUCAGAGAGUGUGACUUCAGAUGGCGAGUCCAGGCCUCUCCCACCACUGCCCGGUCUUCUCAACGAGCGUCGAAACUCUGGAAUCAUUGCUGCUGCUGAGCGUGCUGCCAAUGCUGCACGUCAUCUCCCCUCGCCGCCCAAGCGCGCGUCUUGCAGCAAGGGGGAGAUCCUGAACAUGGCACGUCGAUCCUCUCUGGCGCAGGAACAUCUCAACAGCCAGUCCCCCGAACGCCCAACUUCCAAGGACUCGAUGGAGCACGGCGUAGCGGAAGAGCUCACCAUCACCAAUCUUGACACCGGCGAGAAGGUGGAUCUCCAUGUCAAUGAAGAAGAGGUCGAAGACGAUUCUGUCGCCGACCUUGCCGACUUCUCCAACUCGCCUCCCAAGAUCUCCCGAGAGAGCAUCCUGCGCAAGGUCAGAAACAGCAAGUACGAGUUUGAUGAGGAGUGCGACUACUCAGAGCUUAAUGGCGACGACAGCCCAGCUCGUCCUUCAUACACUGAACUCGCCAAGAUGCAUCCAGACGACCCAAUUCCAUCCAGGGAGAACAGCCGCGAGACCAGCGAUAACUACCUGGGUGAGUACAUUCAUGACCGUCCUGAGUCUGAGGAGGUCCAGAUUAAGGAGGAGCCGAUCGACGACGAUGAAAUCGACAUGAACGCUGCUCCACACAUUGACGAGUCUUUUGAUGGAACACCACGGUCUCCUUCCCGAUUGGAAGACUACGAGCGCCAGUCUUCUGUUCUUCGUCACGACGUCAGCUCUCCAAGCGACGACGGUGACGAUUCUGCCAGUCGAUACUCUUCGAUCGAGCCUCCAGAAGCUGAGAGCACGGUUCUCCACGCUCAAGAAGAGGCACAGGCAGCGAACGAUGGCAAGGAGAGCCUCCACGAUGCGAUGCAGUUGCUGAGCGUCAAGGACUAUUCUGCGCAGGAGCCUGAAACAGCCACCAAGAAGAACUCAGGCGACUUCAUGGGCUUGCCUGCAUACCUCAGCACUGAUGACUUCGACUUUGGUAUGCACCAAUAUAUCACGCCAUCUCCACCGCUAUCGAAUGAGAACACAAAGCAACUCGAUGUCACUGCCAAUGCUCCCGUCCUUGAGCCUGCCGCAGAGAUCAAGCCGGCGAUUAAGGAUCUGCCGCGUCCCACAUACGAUGGUGCAGACUUCUCACCACCAGGAACGCCAGACUCUGUUCUGCAUCACUCUGGAAGUGAAGUUUCAGCUUUGGAGGAGCCGGACGUUCCAGAGGAGCCAGUGCAGCGUGACAGUCCAGGGAUCCCUGAGCGGAGAGCAACCAUCAGAACAAACGGUCAAUUGAAGGCUCGACCAUCAGCCACUCCAGCAGACUUCCGGAUGAUGGCAGAACAGCGACGACUUGUUAGCACCGAGCAUCCUGUCCCGCCCAUCCCGCAGGCUUAUCAAGCUGAAAUGGAAGACGUCACGGAGCCAGACGUGGAAGAUCAAGAAGCCACGACAUACUCCUCGGAAGGCAACGAAUCCAAGGCUGACUCCGCGAUUGAUCGCAGUCCAGACAAUCAACGCGGUGAGAGUCGCAAGGUUGCCAAGCUCAAUCUUGACAUUCCUACCCUUGAGGGAGACAUUGCAGGAGAUGGCCUGGGCCUGGACCAGGAAUUUGACCGAGUCAUUGAGAAUCAGAAGGUGGGAUCUCUCUUUCUCUCCCAGACUAGCAGCAACGCUGGUGCUAACUUGUCGCCUCGUACACAGAAGGGUUACUUGUGCCGCCAGAACACCAAGCUGGUGAUCGCCACCAACAGAAACUUCUCAAACGAAAGCCGAGCAACUACGUCGUCGAACGAGAAUGCCCAGCCAAUGUCGCCGACAGGAGAGGCGCGACCAGCCUCUCGGGGCACGCGAUCCGCCAAGGGGAGCUUGAGGAAGGGCAGUGCUGAGCAGUUCCUCAAGACAGAGCCGUGGAAUGGUAAGACCAGACGGCAGAGUCAGAGGCAAGCAUCUGCAGCGCAGUACGCCUCAUCUGCUGCCCCACCCCUACCAGGUCAACCAAGUGCUCUCGGCGUCGUGAACGAGGACUUCGCGGCGGGUACGGGAAGCCUUGAAGACGACAUUGGUGAAGAUGUCGAACGCGGCCGGCUGUUUGUGAAGGUUGUUGGCGUGAAGAACUUGGAUCUUCCCAUGCCCAGAAACGAUCGACUCUACUUCCAGAUGACGCUCGACAACGGACUGCACUGCGUGACGACUGCCAGGUUGGAGUUGGGCAAGACUGCGCCAAUUGGCCAAGAGUUCGAACUCGUGGUGCUCAACGACCUGGAGUUCCAACUCACGUUGACGACAAAGCUGCCUCCACCGCCGAGAGUGCAGUCCCCUGUGCCUACGUCGCCUUCCAAGACACCCAAGCAUCAGAAGUCUUCCAGUCUAUCGCGAUUCUUGACCAGCCCCAAGAAGCGUGCCGAGCGUGAGCGUCAAGAGCGAGAGGCAGCAGAGGCCGAAGACCGCAGACUUCGAGCCGAAGCACAACGCAAGCGCGCUUCAACACAGCCAACAGCAUGGGACCUCCUGCACGAGCUCGUCAACGAUUCGGAUGGAGCAUUUGCACGCGCGUACGUUAACCUUAAGGCGCACGAGAAGCAGUGCUUUGGCAGGCAGUUGACUGUCGACGUGCCGUGUUACAACGAGUGGGCUCUGGAGAGUGACACGAAUGUUGUCAACAGUGUCCGCAGCAAGCGUGGGAAUGGUGGUCCAAUUCGACGACCGCCGUAUGUCGUGGGUCACUUGGAGCUUCAACUACUCUACGUGCCAAAGCCAGCUAGUGCCGUUGAUGGCGAGAUGCCCAAGAGCAUGAGCAGUGCGAUUCGCGAAAUGUCGAGGGCCAGCGAGGUCAAGGAGAUCGUCCAUGAGGGCCAUCUCAGCCAACAAGGUGGUGAUUGCGUGCAUUGGCGUCGUCGGUUCUUCCGUCUUCAAGGAUCCCGGCUGACGGCAUACCACGAGCACACGCACCAGAAGCGCGCUGUGAUCAACCUCAGCAAGGCCAGCCGUUUGGUCGAUGACAAGAGCACUCUGGUUGCUGAUCCAAAGUCUGGAAACCCAUCCGCCAAGCACGGCCGUCGCAAGUCAGCUUUCGCUGAGGAGGAUGAAGGUUACCAGUAUGUCGAAGAGGGAUUCCGAAUCCGCUUCGCCAAUGGUGAGACCAUCGACUUCUACGCCGACAGCCGAGGUGACAAGGAUGGAUGGAUGGUUGCCCUCAGUCAAGUCAUCGGCAAGCCUGAUGCUGGCAAGAAAGCAGCGACGUGGACGGACCUUGUCCUUGCUCGCGAGAGAGCUGAAGGUCUUAAUCCGAACCUUCCCUCGACGACCGAAGUCCGAGACUUCACCAAGCCACCGGCUCCCGCUCGCAAGCACAGCGACCGCAAGCCUGUCCAGUCGAAGAGUGUACCGUCCAGUCCGGUGAAGGGCGCACCAGAGCGUCAAGCGCCUGCUCCUCCUAUUGCUGAUUUAGAGGCAAGACCCAAUACGCCUCCUAUGAAUCCGAGACGGGGCCAUCGAUCCAGGGAUGCUGUCAAGAGCAUGAUCUUCUAA